AUGGACGAAGAGGCAGAAAUUGCUCAAUCAAUUGCUAUUCCAGAACUAACACAGAGUCCCCAAGCUAAUCGCACAUCAUCAGCGACAGCGAACGAGAAUACUGAUACGAAUACGAUAGUCAACAACCCCAAUGCCGGAACGGUUGUCACUCGCAUUGAGGAUAUUCUUGCGCAAAUCAUCAGCGCUUUAGCUGCGGGACAAGUGCUAUCGAUUCCAUUUUCUGCACGAAGGUCAACACGUCGCGCCGCAAAUGCACAGCCAGAACAGGUUCACUUCCCUGGUCGUAACCAGCAGGAAGCAGUCAAGUUUGCGCGCAUACUUCUCAUUCUUCAACUAUCACAUGAUGCUAUUCACCUUUUUGAGAAGCAGGGCCAAGUGGAUGACCUCGUUGAUGACAUUGCUUUCAACCUUGGUAUCAGUCGCGGGGACUUGAAUAUUGUUGCAGCAUCAAAGGGUGCCCUGGCGGGACCGUUGCUAAUCCGCUUCCACGAUGGGAGUACACUGAACCCUUGCUCGGGAGAUCUGGCAGUUUUCCGAUCUCUCUGCUCGUCACAAUUUUGGAGAACCUGCAUCUUCGGCCCCGGCGUGCUUGUCACAGCCAAAGGAUAUCCUGACUUGACCACGCGCUCGUUCCUGAACUAUGUUCAUACACAGUACCCCCAACUGCCGCUUCUGGGUCUGUUUGACUACGAUCCCGAUGGCGUCAAGAUCUUGCGAUGCUACCGACACGGAUCCGAAAGACUGAGCCAUGAAGCUGAUCUCGGUAUAGAGGGAUUGUGGUGGCUCGGUAUCAGAUCAGCGCAUCUCUUCCGAGGUCAUGCUAGCGCCUACUACGGGCAGCCAAGCCAUGUGUCUAUCACAUCAACUCAGUCCCGCGAUCCUGUCACCUAUCUGAAUGGCAGAGAGCGGGCUGCAGCUGUUUCAGCACUCAAGAAGACCAGCCUGCACUCUCCAAAUGAGCUCGAAGGCUCAGAACUACGACUCGAGUUGCAAUUGAUGAUGAUGCUUGGUGUCAAAGCAGAAAUUGAGUGGCUCGAUGAAUCUGGGGACAUGUGUCCAUGGCUUGACGGUGAAAUUGGAGAGGCGCUCAUUAGCGAAACAAUCUGA